AUGGCAGGUCUUUUUUCUCGCCUCAAAGGCAAAGAUGGCAAAUCCAAGAAGAAAGGCGCAAACGAUCUUGAGCAACAACCAACAAAACCACAAUGGACAGAUGCUUGGACACGCACAUACGUUGAGCCUGAAGAGGUUCACGAGCUGAUCCGAUGUUGUACGGAGGAGCUCAAAGCACGAGGCCUCGACCACCCAUUCCUCUUGCUGCCAUACCGCCCGACCUCCGACCCUAGUGCGGUGCGCUCAUUUAUUCGACAUUUCUUCGAGUCACAUGCCAGCUUGCGAGGGGAACAAUUGUCCCAGGAGCUGCGCAUGACGGAGCCCAUGGUGGUUUCCGGUGUAGCAAAAUGGUGCUGGAGUCGCCUCCAGGGAGGUAUUGUUGGAUGGGAUGCAUAUGAACUUUUCAAGGUUGGAGAAUUUGACUCCAACAUGGCCCGAGACUCCUUCAAGACCUUUAUCCCCAUUAGUGUCGAAAACGGUGCACGUCAACGCAUUAUCUUCGACUUCUUCGAUCUCCUAGCGGCCGUCGCAGCGCACGGGAAGUCCAACGGUCUUGGUGGUCGAAAGCUUUCGCGAAUGGCUGCAUGGUGGACAUUUGAGCAAAAAGAUACCAAAAAAGGAUUCGAGGGAGGAUACGAAGCCUGGCUUCGUGCUGCCGAUGCGACAAGUCAUAUGUUCUUCGCUUUCUUAAGAUCGCUUUCGCCCGAACAGAACGUCACUGGUAUCACUAUGCUACCUCGAUCCCUCCAGAAGCUCCUCCAAGAAACCGAGUAUCCUCCCCAGCGACCCACACUUAUGAUGACAACGACAUACAAGGUCGUCAUGAUCGUCGACACUGUAUCCCCGACCCCCUUUGCUCUCCUACGAAGAGCCAACCACUUCCAAUAUCGUGACGAAGACCGCGCACUGAGAGAGUUCUCCGAGUUUGAUGACCCCGUGCAGGCUUUGACCGACGAAUGUCGCCGUGUUCUUAAGGCCAUUUCCGGUGCCAAUCAGUCACAGGCGUCAAGUUCCAAGCACUCGACGAGCUUGCGCGAUGCAUCCUGGUCAAGAUUUGAGGAUAUCGGCUUUUCUUCUACCCUGGAUGAGGACGACGAUGACGACGAUAGCGCCUUGGCCUACAAGCGACAGCCGCCAGCUCUGCGAAGAACACCCGCCUCAGGCAAUGGACUGGACCGACCGACAACACCAUCGUGGGCUGAUUUCCUUUCUUCGGGUUUUGUAGAUGAGAACCAGGGUGCCAGGCAAAACUUGCUUCUGCCCCCUGACAAAGUUCUGCCUCCCCUUGAAACACAAAGACAACACAGUUCGCAGUCCCAUCGACCCCGACUCGAGCACGACCACUCUCUCGAGCCCGGUGAGCUUGCAAGCAUCGCAACACUCUCGCUCGACGAUUCGUUCUGGUGGGUUUGGAUGGCUAGUCUUGCACCUGAAGAGACCGCGGAGCGCAAGUCGGCUUUUGGUCGAUGCGCUGUCAUUGAAACCAAGAUCAGCACUGGCCGUUGGCUGGUGAUGGAGGAAAUGGUGGCCGGUGCUGCACCAGAGCCCCAGGAGGGUGCCUACAUUGCAGAGAAGAAGGGAUUCUUCAGCUGGACUAAGCGUGGAAAGGGACUCAACCGACGAAAGUCAACAGCCAACAAAUCAGUUGACAAUGUCGGCCAGGGCGCCAGCAAAGCUAGCAUUGGCCCCGACACCCAUGCACGAAUCCAAGCCAAGGCCGCUCAGCUACGUGCUCAAGAGCAACAGGAAAGGAAAUUGGCCUCUCAACCAUUGUACCAGCGCCGCGGCCGAUCGGAUGCUGAGCUGAUGGCGGAAAAGACUAACAGUGUUAUGACCCUUCAGCCCACCAUCAUCGGCGAGGCUUCGUCGGCAUUGAAGUGGGUGUCCAAAUACGACAAAGGAACGAUUAAGGACUUCUACAUGGCCAACAACAAUGCUGGUCGUGGAAACAUGAUGUCGCCAAUUUCCUCCCGGAGUAUGAUCGACGAUGUUAGCCAGGAACAGCCCCCUCAAGUGCCCGUCAAGGACGUGGUGUCGCCUAUCACUUCCCCUACCUUCUCCCAUGCUUCCAGCGAAAUGGUUAGGAAACCAGUGCCUCAGCCGGAGCAGCCCGUUGAAGCCCGACCAGAACAAGCUGUACCAGAACCUGUACAGGCGCCAAUCCCAGUCCCUGCCCAAGAGCCUGCCCGUGAACACAUCUCGGAGCCUGUGCAGGAGUCUGCACCUGAACCGGCACAGCCUGUCAGCCCUCUUAGCCCUGUACCACCUCCUAAAGACGAUGAACCUGUCCAAGACGUUUCUCGUGAAGGCAUGGUCUCGCCCACUCCAUCAAGCCCCGAGAACAAGAAGAAGAAGAAACUCCAAAAGGCAGAUAAGGACAACCGUGGUUUCCGUAAGCUCUUCCGUAAGAACAGAAGCUCCAAGGUGCCUGAUGAUGCUGCUGCCAAUGUUCACGCCUUCCUUCGCCAAAACCAAGCGACACCAGAACCGGCUCAGCAGUCCCCUACACCGGCAGACACACCUGAACCGGUGGCUCCUAUCCAGCGUGUUCCUGUACCCCAGCCUGAUGAGGCUGACCUUCCCACCCCUACACCCGCCGCUGAGUUUGUAACACCUAUGGAGGAGCCUGUCCAACGUGUUGAUACGCCCCAGAAGAACCCUGAGAUUGUUGAACCCAUCAUGGACCAGUCACAAAUUCCCGUUGGUGCUAAGGAUUCCCCCGCUCACAACUCAGUCCCUCAUUUCAACCAGGGUCCCCUCCAAGACCAGCCAGCCUUUGCACCUGACUCUGACGAUGAGAACGAUGCCACACCUCCCCCUAUUCCACGAUCACCUCGUCACUCUCCUCAGAUUGGAGGUCCAUCUCAGGCUGAGGAGAAGUUGAGUCACAGUGCAGGCCCGGGUGUUCAAGAUCGAUGGGCCCAGAUCCGAAAGAACGCUGCUGAGAGAGCUGCCGGACGCCCUGAUGAGCAACUGCGACCAGGUUAUAGUCACAGCAACAGGACUGGAGACGGUGAUGAUGAUACAAGCGGAGAAGAGACCAUCGAAUCUCGUGUCGCCCGUAUCAAGGCCCGUGUAGCCGAGUUGACGAACAAUAUGGAGGGCUCAAAUGGACCUCAGGCCCCAGGUCCUCGUUACUAA